GUGUGUGCUGUGUAUCGGUGACGUAUGAGUAGACUAGACUCUUUACUGUAUUCGUUGGUCAGCACUGCAGAGAUUAGCUUGCUACACAGACAGGGAUUCCUAAACCUGAAUCAUGCACAUCGUCAUUACAACUAAAUGGGAGUGGAGCAGAAAUUGUGCAAGAUAUGGAUAGAUUUCUUUGGUCCUAUAAAUAUUGCGCGUUUGUUGCUUCGAUUCAAGUUUCCACCAAGUCCCCCAUUCCAUUAUAAUGCUUCACGAGGACUCGGCUCUUUGGAACCAUCGUGAUGUGCUGAUUUCCUCACGUGUGUUUUCUGUUAAAGUGGUGAGGCUGGGAUAAAACAGGUAUAUUUGCGAACAAGAGGCAUUUGCGCGGGUACAUUUGUUUCGUUUUUUUUUUAACUUGUUGUGAUUUCUGAAGUCGAGGAGGAAGGUGUAACGUUAGAUAGUUGUAGUUGUGAUCCAGCCAAACCAAGCUGAAACAUGGGGAACGCAGGGAGUAUGGACCAACAAACUGAUUUCAGGGGACAUAGCAUGCCUCUGAAGCUGCCUAUGCCGGAGCCAGGUGAAUUGGAGGAGAGAUUCGCAAUCGUUUUGAACUCGAUGAACCUUCCUCCAGACAAAGCGCGACUAUUGCGGCAGUACGACAACGAGAAGAAGUGGGAACUCAUCUGUGAUCAGGAACGAUUCCAAGUGAAGAACCCCCCCCACACAUACAUCCAGAAGCUGAGGGGCUUUCUGGACCCGGCCGCCACCAGGAAGAAAUUCAGACGGAGGGUGCAGGAGUCCACGCAGGUCCUGAGAGAACUGGAAAUUUCAUUAAGGACCAAUCACAUAGGGUGGGUGAGAGAGUUCUUAAACGAAGAAAACAAAGGCCUGGACGUACUGGUGGAGUAUCUGUCUUUUGCGCAGUACGCUGUCACGUUUGAUGGCGACAGCGUGGAGGACAACCCGGAGAAGUCGGUGGACAAGCCCUGGAGCAGAUCCAUAGAGGACCUCCAUGGGGGGAGUAACCUCCCGUCCCCCGUCAGCGGGAACAGCAUCUCCCGCGCCGGGCGACACUCCACGCUACGUUACCUCCUGACACAGGCUGACAAGUCAAGUUGCAACGCGUUGCCGAGCCGGAGAACUCUGAAGAACUCCCGGCUGGUCUGUAAGAAGGACGACGUUCACGUCUGCAUCAUGUGCCUGCGAGCCAUCAUGAACUACCAGUAUGGCUUCAACAUGGUGAUGUCCCACCCGCACGCUGUGAACGAAAUUGCGCUAAGUCUGAACAAUAAGAAUCCCAGAACCAAAGCUCUGGUGUUGGAGCUGCUGGCCGCCGUGUGUCUCGUGAGGGGAGGACACGAAAUCAUUCUCUCUGCGUUCGACAACUUCAAGGAGGUGUGUGCUGAGACACAGCGGUUCGAGAGGCUGAUGGAACACUUCAAGGACAUGGACAACAACAUUGACUUUAUGGUGGCGUGUAUGCAGUUCAUCAACAUCGUGGUCCACUCGGUAGAGGACAUGAACUUCCGGGUACACCUGCAGUACGACUUCACCAAGCUCUGUCUGGACACGUACCUGGAUAAGCUGAAGCACACGGAGAGUGACAAGCUGUCAGUGCAGAUCCAGGCCUACCUGGACAACGUGUUUGACGUGGGCGCCCUACUGGAGGACGCCGAGACCAAGAACGCUGCGCUGGAGCGCGUGGAGGAGCUAGAGGAGAACAUGUCACAUAUGACGGAGAAGCUGCAGGACACGGAGAACGAGGCCAUGUCCAAGAUCGUGGAGCUGGAGAAACAGCUGAUGACGCGCAACAAGGAGCUCGACUCGAUCCGGGAGGUGUACAAGGACGCCAACUUGCAGGUGCACACGCUGCGGCGGAUGGUGAAGGAGAAGGACGAGGCCAUCCAGAGGCAGUGCAACCUGGAGAAGAAGAUCCACGAGCUGGAGAAGCAGGGCACCAUGACGAUCCAGAAGAAGGGCGUCGGGGACCUCUCCAACCUGCCCUCGCCGCCCGCCCCCGGGGGCCCGCUGGUGGCUGGCGUGCCAGGGGUCUAUAACGGGGGAACGGUCAGCCCGAUGGGGUCGAAUGGGGUCCCGGGGAUGCCCGUGCCGCCUCCUCCUCCUCCUCCCCCACCGCUUGUGCCUGGGAUCGUGCCAAAUGGGCCUUUGGCUGGUCCUGCUGCUCCUCCCCCUCCCCCGCCGCCCCCUCCUCCCCCGCCUCCCCCCGGCCCCAUGGAGGUGUCUGCGCCCCUGCCCCCGCCUCCACCCCCCAUGGCCCCCCCGCUUCCAGGCUGUGGAUCCCCCACCGUCAUCUUCAAUUCAGGGUUAGCAGAGGGACCCAUCAAACUGUUCUCCGUGAAGAUUAAGAAGCCCAUCAAGACCAAGUUCCGUUUGCCCGUGUUCAACUGGGUGGCGCUGAAGCCCAACCAAAUCAACGGCACUGUGUUCAACGAGAUCGACGACGAGAGGAUACUGGAGGACCUGAACGUGGAUGAGUUUGAGGAGAUGUUCAAGACGAAAGCCCAGGGCCCGGCCAUCGACUUGAUCAUGAGCAAGACCAAGGUCAUCCAGAAGGGGCCCAACAAGGUGGCACUGCUGGACGCCAACCGGGCCAAGAACAUGGCCAUCACCCUGAGGAAAGUGGGCAAGGCCCCUGAGGAGAUCUGCAAGGCCAUCCAGCUGUUUGACCUGCGCACCCUGUCGGUGGACUACGUGGAGUGUCUGAUGCGCUUCCUGCCCACGGAGAGCGAGGUGAAGGUCAUGCGUCAGUACGAGAAGGAGCGGAAGCCCGUGGAGGCGCUGGCGGACGAGGACCGCUUCAUGAUGCACUUCAGCAAGAUCGAGCGGCUCACGCAGAAGAUGACCAUCAUGGCCUUCAUUGGCAACUUCUGCGAGAGCGUGCAGAUGCUGACGCCGCAACUCCACGCGGUCAUCGCGGCAUCUGUGUCAAUAAAAUCCUCCCAGAAACUCAAGAAAAUUCUCGAGAUCAUCUUGGCUCUCGGAAACUACAUGAACAGCAGCAAACGGGGAGCGGUAUACGGUUUCAAACUACAGAGUUUAGAUUUGCUACUAGACACCAAGUCGACAGACCGGAAAAUGACUCUGCUGCACUACAUAGCCAACGUGGUGAAGGAGAAAUACCACCAAGUCAAUCUGUUCUACAACGAACUGCAUUAUGUGGAGAAGGCUGCAGCAGUGUCGUUAGAGAACGUUCUGCUGGAUGUGAAGGAGCUCCAGCGGGGAAUGGACCUGACCAAGAGAGAGUACAGCAUGCACGGUCACAACACCAUGCUCAAAGACUUCAUCGCACACAACGAGGGCAAGCUGAAAAAGCUGCAGGACGACGCCAAGAUCGCGCUGGACGCCUUCGACGAGGCCGUCAAAUUCUUCGGCGAGAAUUCCAAAACGACGCCCCCAUCCGUGUUCUUCCCGGUGUUUGUGCGCUUCGUCAAGGCCUACAGGCAAGCGGAGGAGGACAACGAGCAAAGGAAGAGAGCAGAGCUGAUGAUGAUGGAGAAGCUUCUGGAGCAGGAGGCCAUGCUGGACCAGGAGGACCAGAAGUCUCCGUCCCAUAAGAACACCAGGGGCAGGAGUCAGCAGCAGGAGGUGAUAGCUGAGCUGAGGAAGAAGCAGGUGAAGGAUACGGGCAGCCGCCACGUCUACGAGGGCAAGGACGGAGCCAUCGAGGACAUCAUCACAGAUCUUCGAAAUCAGCCUUACAGGCGAGCCGACGCGGUGAGGAGGAGCGUCAGAAGGCGCUUUGACGACCAAAACUUGCGGCCGGUCAACAACACGGAAGUGGUCAUGUGACGAGGGAACAGUGCAUGUGCUAGGAGAGGGCUAAGGGGGGGGGGGGGGGGGGGGGGUGUAGCAGCCUCUCACUCUGGACUGAAAGAGAAAUGGAUGGACUGAAAGAGAUGCCUAGACUGAAAGAGAAAUAGAUGGACUGAAGGAAAGGAAGAUGGAUGGGUCUGAAAGGUCAGUUAUAGGGAACCUUAGACAAGCCAAGUGCCUGAAACGUACUUUUUAUGUGAUCAGUUGUUUUAUUUUUUUAUUACUUCAAGCAAUACAACUUGACCUGGCUUUAAUUGUAAUUUCCUUUGAUGUGUAAAACUGGACACGGACGUCCGUAGGGGGAAUUCCUGGAAGAGAUUUUUCCUGAAAUAAGUGUAGAAUGUAUAUGUGACACGGUUCCGUUAUGCCUCGAUCCCACCUCCCAGCGUCAUUGUGUUUUGGGACACCAGAAGCACAUGAAUUUCCAAUGGAGCGCUGCGUUUGCCUCGCCGCGUUGCAGCGGCAGUUGCGGUGCGUGCGUCGGAUAAAUCAAACGCACGCAUCAAAUUCUAUGCGUAGACGGCUUGACAGAAAUGGUAGCAGAAAGGUGAACGUUGAACUUCUGUUGCAGACAUAUCCAGAUGACGCUGCGUGCCAAUUUGCGCAAUGAUGCUGCAGGUGUGUUCGAGGCGUUAGGCGUCAAAAAGUAUUCCGCCACAGGUGAUGAAUAUGAUAUACAAUAGCAAGUGUCUUAUUACAUUCCUGGUGCUCCUGCCAUUGCUCUUGGAAUUCCAACAAUGCUCGAGCGGCACAACAAAAUUGUUGCUAAAGGGCUAAUGGCCUUAUUAAAGGGGACAAGUCUUAGAUUACUACUAUGAAGCAGUGAUCCAAAACUAAUAUGCUCAAUGAAAGUACUUAAGCAAGUAUCAGGUAGACUUUUGUACACCAACGAGUGACCACGGAGAAAUCGUAUCAGAAAUAAUAUAGCUCAGAGGUGGGGCUCUCGAAAUGAGACCAGGCUAAUGUGAAUUGUAUAUAGCUAGGCCUCCAUAUUACAGUAUUAACAUCUCAUUCAUCAGUGCUAAUAUGGUUAGUGGACCAAGUCGUGAAUUAUUAGCUCUAUCUAGAUAGAAAUAGAGCACCGGUCAUACUCAAUGAAGAGUUUUUCGGUAUUUUUUAAAACUAUUUUCUACAUUGUAGAAUAAUAGUGAAGAUAUCAAAACUAUUAAAUAACACAUAUGUAAUCAUGUAGUGUCCCAAAAAGUGUUAAACAGAUAAAUAUAUUCUUCAAAGUAGACACCCUUUGCCUUGAUGACAGCUCUUGGCAUUCUGUCGACCUUCUCUCGACCAGCUUCACCUGGAAUGCUUUUACAACAGUCUUGAAGGAGUUCCCACGUAUGCUGAGCACUUGUUGGCUGCUUUUCCUUCACUCUGCGGUCCAACUCAUCCCAAACUAUCUCAAUUGAGUUGAGGUCGGGUGAUUGUGGAGGCCAGGUCAUCUGAUGCAGCACUCCAUCACUCUCCUUCUUGGUCAAAUAGCACUUUCACAGCCUGGAGGUGUGUUUUGUGUCAUUGUCCGGUUGAAAAACAAUUGAUAGUCCCACUAAGCGCAAACCAGAUGGGAAUGGCGAAUCGCUGCAGAAUGCUGUGGUAGCCAUGCUGGUUAAGUGUGCCUUGAAUUCUAAAUAAAUCUUCCAUGCUUCACGGUGGGAACCACACAUGUGGAGAUCAUCCAUUCACUUACUCUGCAUCUUACAAAGACACGGCGGUUGGAACCAAAAAUCUAAGAUUUUGACUUAUCAGUCCAAAGGACAGAUUUCCACCGGUCUAAUGUCCAUUGCUCGUGUUUCUUGGCCCAAGCAAGUCUCCUUCUGUAGCAAUUCGACCAUGAAUGCUUGAUUCACACAGUCUCCUCUGAACAGUUGAUGUUGAGAUGUGUGUGUGUGCUACUUGAACUGUGAAGCAUUUAUUUGGGCUGCAAUUUCUGAGGCUGGUAACUCUAAUGAACUUAUCCUCUGCAGCAGAGGUAACUCUCGGUCUUCCGUUCCUGUGGCAGUCCUCAUGAGAUCCAGUUUCAUUAUAGCACUUCAUGGAUUUUGCCACUGCACUUGAAGAAACUUUACAAGUUCUUGAAAUGUUCUGUAAUGACUGACCUUCCUGUCUUAAAGUAAUGAUGGACUGUUGUGUUACUUUGCUUAUUUGAGCUGUUCUUGCCACAAUAUGGACUUGGUCUUUUACCAAACAGGGCUAUCUUCUGUAUACCACCCCUACCUUGUCACAGCACAGCUGAUUGGCUCAAACGUAUUAAGAAGGAAAGAAAUUACACAAAUUAACAAGGUACACCAGUUAAUGGAAAUACAUUCCAGGUGAUUACCUCAUGAAACUGGUUGAGAGAAUGCCAAGAGUGUGCAAAGCUGUCGUCAAGGCAAAGGGUGGUUACUUUGAAGAAUCUCAAAUAUAAAAUAUUUUGAUUUGUAUAACACUUUUUUGGUUACAUAACUCCAUGUGUUAUUUCAUAGUUUUAACGUCUUCACUAUUAUUCCACAAUGUAGAAACUAGUAAAAAUAAAGAAAAAAAAUCCUUGAAUGAGUAGUUGUAUCCAAACUUUUGACUGGUACUGUACAUUGUCUGCUCAUGUAGACAUCAAGUGCCAUUCAAAUACAAUGCUGUUAAGUGGAUGGUGGGGCUCUUGAGCCACAAUAGCUCUGGUCCAGGGAAUCGUUCGGUCAAACGACUGCGAGAGCACACCCGAACGACACCCCAGACCAGAGCUAGAGCCACAAUUGACUCCGAGCGAAUAGGAAAGGUGCUAAAACAAAGACUUAUCAGCAGAUACACUUCCAGUCAAGUGUAGCAGCUGCAAGGAAGGUACUUUAGGCUACUUGAGGAGCUUGUCAUGGAAACUGGAUUCCAAGUUUCUUUUUUUACUCUGAAAACCGCAAUCGGCUAAUGAAUCUCUAGGCAACCGUCUACUCACUAUUAUUGUACAUUUAAUGUAUAGUAUUUAACCACUGUAAACGGUAUCCAUUCAGCUUUGUUCAUGUGACCCACUUUGACAUGAGCGACAGUCAUUAAAAAAAGUGUUUAGCUAGUUAUAUAAAAAAAUGUCAGAACAAAAAAAUUACACAAAGCAAAAAAAAGUUUUGUAAAUGUACAGAUAUUUUGCUACAAAUUGUUGCAUUGUUUUUUACUUCUUAAUCCACUCAUUACUAUAAGGUUACUAUUGUACAUACUGUUUAAAACAAAAUGUGCAUCACCCUGUGAUAUACAAUUUGAAUGUUAUUUUAACUUAUAGGUUUGUCCAUUUUGUAUAUUUAAUUACGCCGGAAAAAACAAAUCUGGGUUCACUUUAACCGAACGGAUCGAUUGUGUGAAGCAGAAUGCCCUGGUGUCACACUUGCCUGAGAGUAAAGAGGCAUUAUAUUAAUAUAUGUCCCAAAUGGCACUAUAUUCCCGAAUUAGUGCACUACUUUUGACCCUAUGGGCCCUAGUGCAAAAAAGGAAAAAAAUAGUGCCCUAUAUAGGGAGUCAUUUGGGCCAUAACCCAUUGACGUUCGGAGAAGCUUUCUGUGUUCUUGGGACCAUAAAUGUCCAUGUUAUAUCAUGUGCAACAAACCACUCAUCUCUAUACUUCCUAUGUGAACUGUUGACCACUCAUCAGCUUCACUCAUUAGACUGGAUAAUAGUGGCAUGUUUUAGUUAUUACUUCAGAAAUGUAUUUUAGGCAUUGUGUGCUUAUUACAAAAUACUUUUAAAUAACAUUUAGUUAAAAGGUAGACCGAGUUCUGGAUUUGAUCAAAUAAACUAUUUACACUAUUAUAA